CGAGUUGUUCCAAAACUGCUUUUCACACAGCGCAGCCCGGCUACGAGCCAUGAGGUUCAGAAGAUGAAAGCGAUGACCGAUUCGGAGGACUACUCUGAAAUUUCAGGAUCUGACCGAGAUGAGGAGAUCACGUGGAUUGAGUGGUUUUGUCACCUCAAGGGCAACGAAUUCUUUGUGGAAGUUGACGAGGACUACAUCCAGGAUGAUUUCAACCUCACCGGGCUCAGUGCGCAGGUGCCAUGCUAUGAAGAUGCGCUGAACAUGAUCCUGGACUUCGAUGACCAAGAUGAUUACAGACAUCAGGACGAGCAAACGCCCUUGGUAGAAACUGCGGCGCAGAUGCUUUACGGGCUAAUCCACGCCCGUUUCAUCCUGACCAACCGCGGCAUGCAAGCCAUGCUGGAAAAGUACAACUGCCAUGUGUAUGGAAGGUGUCCGCUGACACAGUGCGAGGCCAUGAACCAGGCAGUGUUGCCCAUCGGCGCUUCCGACAUGCUGCGGCAGAGCGCGGCCCAGGUGUACUGCCCCCUGUGCAGAGAAGUGUAUUUCCCGAAGUCUUCGAAGUUGGAAUGUCUUGACGGUGCCUACUUCGGCACCACCUUUGCUCAUUUGUUUGCCCUCACUUACCAGCAGCUGGUUCCUCCAUGUAUGCCUUUGCCGCAUAACCCACGGAUCUAUGGCUUCAAGAUCCACAAGAGCGUCAAGGAGAACUUGCGGCGGCAGUGUGAAAAGGUGCAGAAGCAGCUGCCCGUGUUCCCCAAAGACGCCAAGUCAGGAGAGCAACCGGAGGCCUCGCGGGAAAGAGGUAAAGAACUUAUGGUCGACUAGAGCCUGGCGCUGAGUCGGCCUUGCGGAAGGCCGUUGAAGCCGUUGAGUGAUCUUCGAGCUGUGUCGAACGGCCGCAAAGCAGAGGCCCCGAGUUUUUAUUGGUUUGGAGAUGACAAGAAACCGAGCAAGUUCGAAGCGCUCGAGUUUUCACAUAUUCCCGGAGUGAAAUUGUCUCACCCAAUGAAUGUAUGCAUUUCAUAUGCAUUUUAAUGUGUUUGCGCGCAGAGAAGCGCAUGAGGCGCGCGAAGGGAAGC